UCUCUUAGCCCAACAGCAUCCAAGAGAAAAUCUAGUUCUUGCUGGUAAGUAAGGUCGAGGCCAUGGCGGCGGCAGAGCAACCACAGGAGGUGAAGUCGAAGGUGGCGAAGGUGGAUUCAGAGGAGUCAUGGGAUCUCUUCACCACCCAAGCCGACGACCGAGGGUGCCCAGUGUUUGUCCACUUUGGUGCUUCAUGGUGUGUCCCAUCCCUUGCCAUGAACACUUGUUUCGAGGAACUGGCGAAUUCUCAUCAGGACAUCCUGUUCCUCUUGGUCGAUGUUGAUGAAGCCAAGGGGGUUGCUUCGAGGAUGGAGGUGAAGGCAAUGCCUACUUUCGUCCUGAUGAAACAUGGCACGGUGUUGAGUAAGAUGGUUGGGGCAAAUCCGGAGGAGAUGAGGAAGAUGGUACAAUGUUACGUGCAAUCCAUUUGUCCUGCAACCACCAGUGAAUAAUUUGGCAGCAGUCAAACACAACGAAGAAGAAUAAAUCAAGUGUGGAUCAUCAUGUUUAUCUAUUUUCUUGUUCUAAACUAUAAUGUUAAUCUGGCUUGAUCAUCAAAAGCCCAUAAAAAAUAUCUGAACAAAUAAAAAGAAGAUAUUAUCAAUCCUACAUA